CAGUCGGAGGCGGCCGGCUGGGCGUGCGCUCGCUUCCCGCAGCCGGGGCUGGGCCGGAGCCGGGCGGGGGCCGGAACCGGGCCCGACCGGGUUCCGCGAGCGAAGGGGCAGCAGCCGCAGCCGGGCAGCCAGGCCGCACCGGGCAGGGGCCGGAGGGCGCGAGGUCUGCGGUCUUCUGAGCCCCGAUGUGAGGCGGCGGCGCCCCCUCCGGCCCGAGCGCGCACCAUGGGGGCUCCGCUCGCCGUGGCGCUGGGCGCCCUCCACUACCUGGCACUUUUCCUGCAACUCGGCGGCGCCACGCGGCCCGCCGGCCACGCGCCCUGGGACAAUCACAUCUCCGGCCACGCCCUGUUCACAGAGACGCCCCACGACAUGACGGCACGGACGGGCGAGGACGUGGAGAUGGCCUGCUCCUUCCGCGGCAGCGGCUCCCCCUCCUACUCGCUGGAGAUCCAGUGGUGGUACGUGCGGAGCCACAGGGACUGGACGGACAAGCAGGCGUGGGCCUCGAACCAGCUAAAAGCAUCUCAGCAGGAAGAUGCAGGGAAGGACGCCACCAAAAUAAGUGUGGUCAAGGUAGUGGGCAGCAACAUCUCCCACAAGUUGCGCCUGUCGCGCGUGAAGCCCACGGACGAAGGCACCUACGAGUGCCGUGUCAUCGACUUCAGCGACGGUAAGGCCCGGCACCACAAGGUCAAGGCCUACCUGCGGGUGCAGCCGGGGGAGAACUCCGUCCUUCACCUGCCAGAGGCCCCACCUGCCGCGCCCGCCCCGCCACCCCCCAAGCCCGGCAAGGAGCUGCGGAAGCGCUCGGUGGACGAGGAGGCCUGCAGCCUCUAG